AUGUUUGAAUUCGUAUACGACUACGCCUCCAAGGAGACCAUCACCAAGUACAUCCGUCUUGCCGUGGUGGUUGGCUUCUACGUGUUAUUCCGCCAGUACUACGCCAACUACGCUAAGGCCAAGCAGCUCAAGCACCAACUUGCCCAGGACGAAAAAGAGGCCAAAGACAAGCCAGAGGCUGACAAGAAGAAGGAGGAGUUGCAGAAGCAGCUCGAGGAGGACAAUGUGUUCGGAUGGGGAAAGAAGACCAGAAACAGAAAGAAGCAGCAGCAAGCCAUCAUAGACCAGCUUGCCGAAGAGACCAGAUUGAGAUACCAAACAGCCUACGAUGCUGCUGAGGACCACGACAUCGAGGACUUGUUGGAGUAG